AGGGCGAAAACCCUGAUUACGCAAUAAAUUCUAGUUAUAAGCAGUUAACUGCACAAAAUAAAACCAGCAUAAGGCAGUCUGUUUGAAACGAACCACCGCUGCAGUAUUCAUCUGAGAGCAGUUUUCUAAUGUGCCUUGUGGUGCCAGACGAAGAAGAAGAAGAAGAAAGCACAUCGAUAAUUCCAUUGACGGACAGAAUGGGCCAAAAGCUGGAAAAAACGGGAAACCCGCAUUACAUGGAAGUGGACGGGCUCUUCCUCCCUAUCUCUUUCUCACGGGAGAACUUCAUUUACGCCACCAAGCACAGACCCGAGGACGGCGACAUAAUCCUAGCAGGGUACCCAAACAGCGGCCUCAAAACUAUCGCCAUCAUGCUCCACCUCCUGACUCGAAAGAAAGCAGACACCAUAUCCAGCGAGAUCCCCCUACUUGAGUGGUGUGGCAAAGACGUCGAGAAACUUGCUCGACCACGGAUUAUCCGAACGCAUCUCCCCUACUACAGACUUAGCAUCAACCCUCUUGCCAAGUACAUCUACACUGUCCGGAACCCGAAGGAUUGCUGCGCUUACAGCUUCGACGACGCCGUCACGUAUCCCGAGGAUUACGGCUACCUUGAGGGUCGCUUCGACGAGUUUCUCGACAUCUUUCUCAAAGGCAAAGUUCACGGUAACGAUUACUUCAAGCACGUCAUGUCUUGGUGGCCUCGUAGGAACGAUUCCCACGUCCUCCUCCUGGUCCUGGAAGAUCUUCGUAUGGAGUCGAGAUUCUAUCUCGAGAGAAUCCUGGGAUUCUUGGGUAGGGACGACAUGGUGGCUAAUGCGAAAAAUAUAGGCCUACUUCAAGAGGUCCUGGAGAACAUUGGCACCGGUCCGGCACAUUCCAGGAUAAUGGACAUCAAGAUGUGCACGCAAGAUGGGCCAAUCGCGAGGGUUUCAACGGCGGGCUACUGGAAGAACUAUUUUACUUGCGGCCAAUCGAAAAGGAUGGACUCCGUUUUUGUAGAGAGGACGAAAGGUUUGGAGAUGAGGCAUUUGUGGAACGACUACGAUGUGUUCGCAAUCUGAAUUGCUUUUUUAUUUUAUUUUCGGCCAGUAAAAUAAUAUACAAUAGUGCUCCA